AUGGCACCCCCAAAAGGCCCACCGGGUUCUCCUCGCGGACGGCCCGCUGCCCCGAUGAAUCCUGGGAUGAUGAGUCCUCGUGGAGCUUCGUCCUCUGGGGGUAUGCAGGGCCAAAAUCCAGUUCAUCCGAAUUUCCCAGCUCCUAUGAUUCCACAUGGAGACCCAGCUCGAGACCAACCAACUGCAUAUUCCAUAGAUGACCUGUGUCUUCGGCCCUCUGGCCAUUUCUACAACCAGACAUACCUUGACUAUUCACUCUCCUACAUUUCUUAUAUCACUACGUUUGCUGAAUUCAGCAAGACGUCGAAUGGUUUCAUUGAAUAUCUCAUCUGCAUAUUCAUUACCAUAUAUUCACAACGUCAGGAAACUGCCACGUCGGGUCACUAUGUUCGCCCAAACUUGUUGUCACUUCCUGAUGCAUUCACCCGCGAUCCGUAA